AUGCUCGGCUCUGUUGAUGCGAUUGACUACGACGGGGACCGUGUGCGCAAGGUGGUGUUGCGAUUUCCUGCUUUGCGUAGUGGCGACUCGGAGAGCGUGAAGGAGGUGUGGCCGUGUGAGCGCAUUGGUCAGGGCUCCUUCGGCACUGUGUACCGUGCUGUUAGCGCCGACUAUCCGCGUCUUGCUCUCAAGAUUUCAACGGGUAAGGGCAUGCGGCUUCGCCAGGAGCUCGAUGUUCUGAGUCGUGUGUGCACCAAAGGGCGCCUCCUGCUCCCACGCUUUGAGUUCGGCGCGCUCAACAAGACAGCAGACUUGAUCGUUAUUGGGAUGGAGCUAUGUGUGCCGAGCACACUGCACGACCUUCUCCUUAGCACCCGUAUCACCAGCGAAGCAGAGAUGCUUUUCAUGGCGCACCAGGCAGUACAGGCCGUCUCGUACGUGCAUAUGGAGGGCUGCAUUCACCGAGACGUCAAGCUACAGAACUUUGUCUUUGACCUCGACGGUAACCUGAAGCUGAUUGACUUUGGCCUCGCGUGUAACUCGCUUAAGCCACCGGCAGGGGAUGUGGUGGCAGGCACGGUGUCGUUCAUGUCUCCAGAAAUGGCGCACAAUGCCCUUCACAAGGACAAGCGCGUGAGCGUCGGUGUGGCUGCCGAUGUGUGGUCGCUGGGGAUUGUCCUCUUUUCUAUUUUCACGCAGCGGAACCCGUACCCGUCGAUGGAGACACCGGCUCAGGCAGCGGACGGCUUCUCCAGUGGCACAAAGAACGGCGGUGCUGCUGGUACUGCUGCGGCGGGCGUGAGUGGUCCUGGGGAGACCAUGAGUGGCGUGGAGGGCGCAAGGGGCAACAGCGUGAGUUGGCAGCAGCGCAUGAAUGAGCGUCUGCUACGCCGCGUGGCGGCCGGCGACUGGCAUUGGCCUGUAGGCGUUACAGUGUCGCAGGACCUGAAGCAACUUGUAAACUCCAUCCUUGUCACCAACCCCGAGGAGCGACCAAGCGUGGAGACAAUACUGGCGAACAAGGUGUGGAACUUGCGGCGCCGUUAUCCACCUGCAGCUGUGGCGGCAUUCCUCGGGGUGCAGGAUGACUUCCUGCUCUCUCAUGAUGAGGCCCAUCUGAUGCGUGCGGUGGAGGAGCGUAGCGCUGGUGUGACAGCAUCACUGCUGAACAGCCGCCUACACAGCCCUGCCUCGACCUCGAGCGAGGGCAAUGGGGAGGCCAACCCGCAGCACAGCAACAAUGACAGCGUACGCAGCGGUGGCCCACGUACGCCUGACACAACUACGCCACCGGCGCGUGGGUCUCUCAAGGUGGUGCAGCGCUGCGGGGAGGGCGGUGUUGAUGGGGCGGUCGCAGUGCAGGUGUAUGACGUGCGCGCCAGCACCCGCAAGCGCGGCAAGCCCAUCCGCGAGAUAUCUGUCGUCAUGGCGGCAGAGACGGCCAAAACACGACGAUCUAAAUCUGCCCGACGGGCAAAGGGUGUUGUGUCGGCUCCCUCGUCCUGCGGCGCCUCAAGAGCAGCGUCGGCUGAAGGCGACAGGCGAACAGCAUCCUUGGCUGGUACGGCGUUGCAGCCCAGUGCCACGCAUACGUGUAUCAACAGCGGCGACGAUGAGGAUGAGGGGGAAGUGAUGAACCGCGGCGCCAGCCCGUCGAAGCAUCACAACCGCGGUGUGCUGCCUGUGCGACUGCAGGAUACCCUGGACACCGCCGACACCACAGCAGCCGAGCAGAGGGACAACUUAUGGUGUUCCAAGACAUCAGUGGAGUCAUCCUGUGCCACGCCACCUCUGUUCGCGAGCGACCAAAUACGCCCCGGUCUUCAGCGUAGCGGGAGUGUGGAGCUUCUGGAGGACGCGGAGGCGCCAACUGUAGUGAGGGUGAAGCCCUCGUCGCACAACAGGGCUGCAUCGGGGAGCAGAAGAAAACGCGAUACGUCGCUACGUCAGGCUUUCUCGCCGACCCUCAAAGGUGGCCUUCGCGGCACAUCCGGUGGUGUGCCAGGCAGCACAGGGACAACGACAUCUGCGCAGGUGCUCGUCUCUCAGCUGACAAGCCGCACCGCGUCGCCGCCUUCAGCCAUGAACCCAUCCCCAUCGUCCUCGCGACAAGCGUCGCUGAGGCGGCAGGGGUCCUCUAGCGCCACCACCGUUUCCUCCGCACCGGGGCGUGCGGGUCACAAGGGAUCCUCACUGGCGAUGAAACGUGCGCAGCGUGUUGCGCUUGAGCUCAGUCUAAAUGUUAUUGGCCAAGACGAGGCGGACCAUCGUCGUACGCUUUCUGCGAUGCUGCUGAUCGAGCAUGCAUGGCUGCUCGCCAGCUUUCGGCUGACCAUCGAGGAGGACCAGGAGCGCUACAGCAUCACAUGGCUUGCAGAGGAGCAGGAGAAGUCCGCCGCCCACCCACACCGCUUCAAGGAGGUGCUGCGGGUGAUGGGCAAGAAGUACCAGUACGGCUUUGUUUGUGACCUGUGCGACUACGAGUUCCUCCCAGCCGGCCCAGAGGAAAAAGACUUGCACUUCUUUCACUGCCCCUGCGGCCGCGACCUGUGCCCAGACUGCUACACAGCGUAUCAGCAGCAGUGCACGUGCUCCUGUUGCCGUGUGGUGCAUCCGAACAGCUGUGUGCUGCGGGAGCACCUUUUUCGGACUGGCGGAACGCAGUACUACAUCGGGUCGAGAACAGGGAGCGCAGUUGCGCAGGCUGGUGGUGUGCGGUGCUCAUUCCAGGCCGCCGUCAAGCAUGAUGAGGAGAAGGAGGGUCGAGACGAGACAUCGGUGCCGCCUGAGCUGCCUCGCCGUCGUGGCCGGCCCCCCAAGCAGGACAAGAACCACUCUCCUGUGAAGCAGAAGGGCAACCGAGCCGCCAAAGACACCAACCAUCGGCGACGUGGCACGCAGGCCGCCGUUGACGUUAGUGUGGGUGAGGUGGAUGAGAUGGCGCAACUUCACCUGCCUCGAAUUUCGAUUGCUGCAAUGCAACAACAGGAAAAGCGUGGCCGCGGAGCAGGAGCCGCUGGGAAAGUAGCGCCGCCACACCGGCCAGAGGAUGUGGUGGUGAAACAGCGACCGGUAGAGAGCGUCCCGGAGGGCCCGUGGAGGCCGUUUGCGCGCUACAAGAAGGAUCGAAGGGAUGAGGAAGCACGGCAGCCGACGCCGGAGGAGCGCGACGCGUUGCUGAAUGGGGAGUGGAUUCGACACUUUUACCUGUUUCCGCACGCUGAACCAGAGCACGAUGGUGCUUCCGGGACUAGGGCCGAUGAGGAGGAGGAGGAGCCGUACGCGUUCGUCUACCAUGCACAGCCAGGCCGCACCGGGGCCAUUUUUCUCACAAGUGACUUUUCGAUGCACUCGGCGGUUUUUUCCAUGCUGGAACGGCAGUUUUUCGUUGUGAAUCAGGUGGAUACCUUAGAGGGCGCGGAUUCCACCCAUGCGACGUCGCUGCUCAAGGCAAAGGCUCACCCCGAGCUCAGGAUUGCUUUCCACGCACUGCAGGACAUUGUAGCGUAUGACACGAACAUGAUGAAACAGCAGCGCGCCCCUGGUACCGUCUCUGUAUACCAGGCGCCUCGCAGCGCCUACAGCUGCAAUGGCGAGCCUUUCCUCUAUGUGCGAUGGUUCCGCUUCAACGAGAACCGUACCCUCAGCGCCUUUCUUCUCUCCAACGGCGCUGUUCAGGUGUUUGUAAACAACGAGUACGAAUUGCGCUGGUUUGAUGAGAGCCGAAAGUUUCUCAUCCGCUACAACGGCGUGUGUGAGCUGGUCGACGACGGCACCUUUGCACUGGCCCCGGCGAUCAACCAUCUUCUCUACGACUCAUUUGACGUGUAG